AUGCACUACUCCGCGAGGGAAGACGCGGCCAGACCUACCUACUCGCGCUCGCUCGUCAACAUGGCCGACGUCGUGCUCGCUUCCUACCGCUCGCACGUCACUGCCAAGUCUACAAUACACUACUCCGCGAGGGAAGACGCGGCCAGACCCACCUACUCGCGCUCGCUCGUCAACAUGGCCGACGUCGUGCUCGCUUCCUACCGCUCGCACGUCACUGCCAAGUCUACAAUACACUACUCCGCGAGGGAAGACGCGGCCAGACCCACCUACUCGCGCUCGCUCGUCAACAUGGCCGACGUCGUGCUCGCUUCCUACCGCUCGCACGUCACUGCCAAGUCUACAAUACACUACUCCGCGAGGGAAGACGCGGCGAGACCUACCUACUCGCGCUCGCUCGUCAACAUGGCCGACCUCGUGCUCGCCUCCUACCGCUCGCACGUCACUGCCAAGACCAAAGAUGGCAGCACAGUCCACGGCAUGGGCAUGACGUUCCAGCGCGUGCACCUCGACACGUGCUACGGGAACAAGCAGAUAUACAAGUCCUAUCCUGUGGGAGACGGCCAGAUCCAGCUGUCAGACCUGGUGGAAGUACGUCCAUCGCAAGUGUUCGACGCCUCGCUGACUUUCGUGCGGGUACGCGGUGCGAUGGGCGGAGCGCUUUCGCUUUGCCCCAUGGAGGUGCGAUCCGUAUUCCUCAACCAGACGCUCCAGCAUUGAACUGCCAAGAAAUACCAUAGAAAACCUGAAGGCAUAGAAAAUACGUGGUUUGUGAACCGUAAGACAUGGUGAUUAUUAUGUUUCAAAUGUGAAGAGAGCAAUACUACGUGUAAUUGGAGUAAGGCAAAACAAGAAAAUAAUUAAAAUUUGAUUAAAUCUAAGGCUGAGUCCGCACUACGGUUUUUUCCCGCAAGAGGUAAACCGCCAAACCGCGAGACCGCCCGAAACAUAUACGAUACGCAGGAAAGUGGUGCGGACUCGGCCUAAUACAUUUUUAUCGUUGCUAUAGUAAUGGGCGCUUACGACUGUUAUAAAAAAAAAUUCAAUUACAAAUAAUAAUAAUAUUGAACUUUUGCGUUAUUGCGUUAUUUCAAUUACACGUUGUAUAAUAGGUACCACUGCCUUAUAAAAGGUUAAAAUGUUUACCUUGCGGUGCCUAGUUGAUAAGUCCGAGUCCACCUUUACGAUGAGUGUGUGAGGUCAAGCAAUUGACAUCUGAAUGCCAUGGGCAUAAGGUGCAUAUUCAAGCCGAGGUAACUGUUCCACCACUAAAAUUAACUGGUUAGUCUGCUAGCAACCCAAUGGUGUGGCGCACAGGAUCUUACUUGCGCGAGUUAUCACAAAUACGACAUUACCAAUUAAUAUUUAUGACAUUUUGGAAAUUAUAAUUCGAAAUAGUCGAAAAUGAAGUUGCAGGCGGCCUUAUAUUAUUAUAAUAACAAUGAUUAUAAGCGUAUAUACCUUAAACCAUAGAACUAUUCAAAUAUUGCAACGUAACUAAUACUUUUUUCGGCUCAAAAUUUGUUGUACAAUCAGUUUCAAAUAUUUCGUGACAUCCAGAGGACAAAAAGUUAUACAGGGUGGAAACGAUAAGUGAUCUCACUCGAUUAUUUCUAAACUAUACAAGAUAUCAAUAAACUAGUUACUGAUCCUGAAAGUGCUUCAUGAGCUCUAUCAAACGGUAUUAAUAAUAGGUUACAGAAUAAACUGGAUCUAUCCAAAAAUUAAAUGUUUCCUUCUUCCAUACAUUUAGUACUACCACAGUGAUGACACCCAUCUCUUGACAAUAUUAUAGCAAGUAAAGCCUAAAACCAAUGUUUUCCAUGAAUAAUUUUAAAUACGAAUACAAUUUACGGGUUUAUUUUAAGAGUUUAUUAUUAAAAUUAAAUAAAAAUACACUUCUAAUAUUGUGUGUCUGGCAUACAUUUAGUAUGGAAGCUGGAAACAUUGAAUUUUCAGAUAGAUCCAGUUUAUUCUGUAACCUAUUAUUGGUACCGUUUGAAAGAGCUCAUGAAGCACUUUCAGGAUCAGUAACCAGUUUUUGAAUAUCUUGUAUAGUUUAGAAAUAAUCGAGUGAGAUCACUUAACGUUUCCACCCUGUAUAUGUAUAAUACAACCUUAUACACGCUACUUUGGGUGCCACGAACUAUUUGAGGCUGAUUGUAAUAAAAAACUUGUGUGAUAUUUUUUCCAAUCGAUGAUGCUGUUAGAAAUGCACAAUAUUAAUUUUAGGUAUUAAUUAUUAUUAAAAUGUUGACAUCGCUGUAAUGUGAUGUUAAAUGCUCAGUUGAGUAGUAUUUGUCGAUAGUUCCUUUUUAUGUACCACAUUUAGGAACCUAAAACUUUUGCAGUCGCCUUUUAGAAAAAAUAUGAUAAUCACUCCUUAUUGCAUUAUUAAAAUAUGUAAGGGGUAGAUUGACAAAAACUUGUAAUAAGUAACUGCUAUGAUUUCAAGUUGAAAAUCACUGGGUUAUUUUUGUCAGAUAAAUUAUCGACAUUUUCCUUUAUUUUUAAAACUUCGUCAUUUUUGUUGUAUUAAAUAGAAAUUCCGUAAAGGGAACAGGCCUCUGAUUAUGUUUUGUAAACUACCCCUUACAAUAUAAACUACUUCCCCUUUCGGAGUAUGCUGCGAAUGCGCUUCUGAAGUGUAAAUGUUUCUCUUAAUAUGUAUAAAAUGUAAAUAGGGUUUAUGUACAUAAGUAUUAAUCUAUGCAUUUUCGAAUUCUAGCGCGAAAUUGUUAUGUAUAAUCAAAGGACGACAUGUAUAACAAAAUUUCUAGUUUUUUUAAAUACCCGUAAAGAUCUCUACGUAGACUUAAAAUAACUUUUGCUGACGUCCGACAUAAAAUUUUAAUGAAUAUUAUUAUUAUGUAAGAUAUUUUUAUUUAUGUGUUAUUUUGUUAUCACAGCUUUUGUUUUUCUUCUUUUGUUUUCUAAACACCUGCACCGUAGAACUGUAACGUUAGGUCCGACGAUGUGACGAAAACAAAGUUGUAAAUAUAGAAAGUUUAUCUAUAA